AUGUAUGUGAAAUGGUUUGAUACAGUAAUAUUUUACUAUGUUAUUUUAGUGUAUUUAGUGAAUGUCACUUUUUGGCUUUUUCAAAUUUCCUGCCGUUCCGUCCCACAUACGUCCUGACGUCGCAGGGGACAGAACCCAGAAGACAGAUGCUGGCAUCGGUCGGAGGACAUUGCCGGGGACACUGCAGGGGGGACAUUGCGGGAGCACAGGACAAGGUAAGAGAAGAACUGAUCCCGGAGCAGUGCCGCAUGGAAAGCCCGAGUGUAGCUCAGGGUUACCGCUUGUGCUACACUCGGGAAUACCGCCAGGGAGGUUA